AUGCCCGACACAAACUCACUCAACGCCUCUCCACAAGCCAUAUGGAGGGUUAUACCCGUUCAAAUUGCAAAGGAAGAGGAUGGUGCUGAUAUAGAGCCUGGGAAUGGUAUUGCCUUGCCCGCCUUGCUACAGCUCGCCUGGGGAACUCUGUUGCGGGUGUAUAGUGGCCACGACGAGGUGAAGUUUGGCUACCAGUGCCUCAUCUCAUCUUCUUUUGAGAACACCGAAAAGAAUGGAUACGAAGAAGUCUUUAUUCCACAAAAUCGUUCUAUCCUUAUACCUGAAGACCGACCUUUCGACAAAAUCACGUCUUCACCAUCAGCGGAAGAUCCGGAAGACAACUACAAACAGGAAUUUGGACAGGAUAGCCUGAUCCAGAUAUGGGGAGCACCGAAAGGGACAAUGGUCACAGAGGCCUAUGCUAGACUAUUGGUGGACUCAACGCCGCAGGAGCGGAAUAUCCUAAUAACCGCGGUGGUCUCCCAUGACGAAUGCCGUAUUUUCCUCAGUUUUCGCCAGGGCCAAAGCUUGUCUCAUUUGGCAGAUUAUAUUGCGGACACAUUUCGACGCCUUCUUCGGACCAUCAGAGAGUAUCCUUCUUCGACCUUCAAUGAGUUGAGUCUUGUGGGGCCCAAUACCCUUCAGCAUAUUGAAGAGUGGACCGCUGCGACUGCUGUCGUUCGAGGCGAUGACAACUGUUUAUCGGAGUCUUCCACAGUACUGAGCAUCGUACGGGCUGACAGCGAUCUAUGGAAGCAGGAAAUCACAGGGGAUGCCACGAAUUAUCGACCAGCUCCUACAGACGUCGCCUACUGUCUUUUUACCUCUGGUAGUACAGGCAAACCCAAAGGGGUGGUGGUCGGCCAUCGGGCUUUAAAUGCGAGUCUUCGUGCUCAUGGCACAUAUUUCGGCUUGGGUGCAACUUCGCGUGUUUUGCAAGGCACCUCUUACACCUUCGAUGUUUCCCUGACCGAGUGCCUAGGUACGCUGUAUCAUGGAGGCUGCGUGUGCGUUCCCAGAGCAACAGAUCAUUUACAUGACACCGUUGGCUGCAUCAACCAGAUGGAUGUCAACUGGGCAUUUUUCACGCCAUCGUUCGCGCAAAUUCUAUCAUCCAAAGACGUCCCGGGGCUAAAAACCCUCGCCCUCGGUGGGGAGGCUGUUCCAACUGCAUGUGUCGAGCAAUGGACGGCGCCUGGCCGUCGACUCAUCAACGCAUACGGGCCUACAGAAUGCAGCAUUUUCUCAAUGAGUGGAAACAUCGACCUGGAGGUUCAUUCAUCUGCCAACAUUGGAAGACCUGUAGGAGGCCUUUCGUUCGUCACUUACCCAACCGAUCCGAAUCGAUUGAUGCCCAUAGGGGCUCCUGGCGAGCUUCUUCUUUGUGGGCCGAUACUGGCGCAAGGUUAUCUCAACGACGACGAGAAGACCGCAAAGGCGUUUAUAGAUCCACCAGAAUGGUUCAAAAAUGUCGUCGGAUGGCAAGAUGAUAAUCGACUCUAUCGAACUGGCGAUCUCGUUCGUUACUGUGUUGAUGGCACGGUGGAGUAUUUGGGCCGAAUCGAUCGCCAGGUGAAGAUCUACGGCCAACGCAUUGAGCUCGGGGAAAUAGAAAGAGCAAUAACCAGCAGCAAGCAAUCGACAAUUGCUGUUGUGGACGUUAUAUCCCGACCUAACAUGCCCAACGAUCAAGCUUUGGUGGCUUUCGUUGCUGACGAGGAUGAGAGGGACCAUGGUCCUCUGCAUGCUCUCGAUACCUUUGAGCAUGUCGCCGCCAUAAAAGAUCUGAAGGCCCGUCUGACAUCCCUUCUUCCUCGUUAUAUGCUUCCAUCCGAUAUCAUUUACCUUUCCCACAUCCCUUUAUCAAGCUCUGGGAAGUUGGACCGCGCUAUCCUUCGCAUGUUAGCGGCAGAUGUACUAGGGAAUCAUUCAUCUGGGCAAGUAAAGGAGGACAGGCUCCUGACGGAAACAGAGGAGCUCAUCCAGCUAGCUUGGAGUCAAGUCCUCUCCAUUCCGCAACAUUCCAUUCGUGUGGAUGACAGUUUCUUCCGUUGGGGCAAUUCGUUGGCCGCAAUCAAACUGGCAAAACGACUCCAAGAAAGUCGGCUACAGAUUAGCGUCGCGGAUAUUUUCCAGAGUCCCAGCAUACUGGAUAUGGCAUCCAAGGUACGACCGACGAGCAAGUCACAAGCAACAGUGGAUCUGAUCCCGUUUGGUCUCAUCGAGCCGAGUGCUCUCCCUGGGCUUUUGGAAAAUGCAGCACAACAAUGCUCAGUGAAAGCGGAUGCAAUUCAUGAUAUCUACCCUUGCACUUCGACACAAGAGGCAUUGCUGUCACUCACCGUACACAACCAUGAGGCAUACAACGCACAAUAUGUGUACCAUCUCCCCGUUGAGACCGAUGUCGAGCGGUUCCAGAAGGCAUGGGAUAGCGUUUUUCGAUCAACACCGGUUCUGCGAACACGCAUUAUUUCCAACUCUCGAUCAUUUUACCAAGUCGUUCUUGGUGAAGAAAUUGAAUGGCUGCAGAGUUUCAAUCUGGAGCAGUAUAUGCAGAAUGACCGAUUAAUUCCUGUUGCAUUUGGGCGUGAGCUCACGCGGUUUGCCCUCAUUCCAGAUCCCAAAGGGAUUGGGAACUGGUUUGUGUGGACCAUUCAUCAUUCGCUUUAUGACGGUCACUCAAUGUCUCUAGUACUAGGAGAUGUGCAACAUGUCUAUGAAUCAGGAUCCCAUCCUCAGAGGCCUCUCUUCAGCAGCUACAUCCAGUCACUGACCGAUGACUCUCGGGACCUUGCUACCUUUUGGCGUGAAUCUCUCGAUGGUUUCUCAUCACAGACCUUUCCACUAAAGAGCAAUCCGGAAUACCAUCCAAUUGCGGAUCGAACGAUCGCGCUUCACCCUUCGACUCGAGAUAGGGCCUCGGUGGAAGUAUCUCAUUCGGUAAUACUUCAAGCAGCGUGGGCGAUCGUCUUUGCUCGUUAUGUGGAAUCCACCGACGUGGCUUUCGGCGUCACAUUGAGUGGUCGGUACGGCUCCCUACCUUCUAUUGACGAGAUUCCUGGUCCUACUCUGAGUACCGUCCCUUUUAGAGCAAAAAUAGAUCGCGGAAAGCCCGUCGGUUUGUUCUUGAGAGAGCUCCAGACCCACCUAGCGCAUAUGAUGGAAUUUGAGACAAUCGGGCUUCAAAACCUCAGGAAAUUGACUGCAGCUACGCAACGUGCUUGUGAUUUCCAGACUUUGUUUGUUGUCCAGCCGUCUCUUACUCCAAAAAAUGACGACGGACUGUUCAGCAUGAAUAAUCUGACAUUCUCCCAUGAGACCAUCACAGGGUACGGACUGACUGUUGAGGCUCAGUUGGAUGAAGACGGAUUAUCGGAAGUCAGGGCACACUUUGAUUCUGCUCUAAUCGGCGAGAAACAGGUGGAACGCAUUCUGAAGCAAUGGGAGCAUGUUGUGAACCAAUUGUACACCACCAGCCCAGACCGGAAAUUACGGGAAAUAUCGCCCGUGAGUCCAGAAGAGGUGCGGCAAUUAUCGCAGUGGAACGCACCAAUCCCAAAGGCAGCAAAGGUGACCCUCCAUGGACUCAUCAAACAGCGCGUCAUUGAGAACCCUGACAAAGAAGCCCUUGUGGGAUGGGAUGGAUCGUAUACCUACCAGGAUCUAUGGAAUGCCAGCGAUCGGCUGGCUGCAUACCUGAAAGUAUUGGGCAUUCAGAAUGAUGAUCUCAUCCCACUAUGUUUGGAGAAAUCGUCAUAUGCCAUUGUGUGCAUGCUGGCCGUCCUCAAAGCUGGAGCUGCGUUUGUGCCUCUGGAUUCUCGACAUCCUCCUGAGCGUCUUGCAGGUAUUGUCGACCAGAUCAAGCCUCGCAUGUUAAUCACCUCUCCUCAAUAUCAGGCUUUGUGGGAUAACAUAAACCAUCUCGCAAUUGAUGCUGAUACCAUUGCCGCGCUCCCUCAGCCUGCUGCCGACUCCAUUACUUCUACGUCAGCGACGGAGGCAAAUUUGGCAUACUGCAUUUUCACAUCCGGCUCCACAGGCCAGCCAAAAGGAGUGCUUAUUGAGCAUCAGGCAAUAUGUACUAGCAUUCUCAACUACUCCCGCCGCUUGCAAAUCCAUGAAAAUGUGAGAUCACUUCAGUUUGCCUCUUAUUCAUUUGAUGCUUCGCUUCUCGAGCUUCUGAGUGCACUCGUGAAUGGGGCGACCGUCUGCACGCCAUCUCUCGAUGAAUGCAUGGAUUCGAUUAGCCAGACUAUUCAGCACUACGGGCCAACAUGGGUGUUUCUCACUCCCUCCGUCGCCCAAAUGUUAUCUCCGGAGAGCGCGCCAUCGAUUCAAACCCUCGUUUUGGGUGGAGAGGCUAUUACCCGAUCGGUGAUCGCGACAUGGGAUGGAAAGGUCCGGCUUUUCAAUGCGUAUGGUCCUACCGAGUGCUCCAUCGUCUGUGCCGUCAACGAAGUCGGGAGCGAGGACGAUGUGGGCGUGAUCGGGUACCCAAGUGGAUGCGCCUUGUGGGUCGUCGAUCCUGAUGAUUCCAACGAACUAGUUCCCAUCGGUACUGUUGGUGAGAUGCUUGUCGAGGGACCCAUUGAGGCGCGCGGGUAUCUCAACGAUGCGAUCAAGACAGCGGGGGCUUUCAUCUCAACUCCUCAGUGGCGAAAGACUAUUCAGGAUCUAUCGACCGACUCAACACGGAUGUACAAGACAGGGGACUUGGUUCGCUGGAACGAAGAUGGCACUCUGUACUACUUUGGACGCAAGGACCUUCAGGUUAAAGUCCGAGGACAGCGGGUCGAGCUGGAAGAGAUUGAGUCCUGUGUCGUGCAUCCAGAUAUCACUCGAAGCGCGGUGAUUCAACCUCGUCGUGGACCGUACUCUAAGCGGCUGGUUGGGAUCUUCACCCUGAGAGCAAGCCAGCCAGCCACCGAUGACGCCUUCAGGUUGAUACCCACGGAUCUGCAGAAGAUUGCAUCCAAAGUGGUUUCCUCAAUCCGAGAGAAGCUAUUGGGCGAGCUCCCCUCCUAUAUGGUUCCGGAUGAUUGGAUUGCGAUCGAGAAUAUUCCGCUUACGGCGGCGGCCAAAACAAAUACCAAGUUUCUCAUCCAGAACGUCGAAGAGAUCACAGCAGAAGACUAUACGUUGGCUUCAAAGAUAAGCGAGGGCGAGGAUCAAUCGAUCUCUAAGGCCGCCUUGACUCCAAUGGGAGAGGUGCUCCGAAAUAUCUUAGCGAGCCUUUUGCAAGUCCCUCGAGACAGCAUUCAUGGCGAGACCUCCUUCUUCCGGAUUGGAGGUGACAGCGUUUCCGCGAUGCAACUAGUCUCUCAAUGCCGUUCCCAAGGACUGAUAAUCAGUGUUACCGACGUGCUCAAAUACAAGACCGUCUCCAAAAUCGCGCAACGGCUUCAAAAGAAGGACCUUCUUACAUCGGCGCCAGCAGUGCAAGAGUCGGAACCAAUUGAGACAGCCUUCUCUCUGUCUCCGAUACAGCAGCUGUGGAUGGAUGCCGUUCCGACAGACGAGAUUCCUGUCUUCACUCAGAGUUUUCUACUACGUUUACGGCAAGAUGUUUCUCCAGUCGCCCUUGAACGCGCCCUUAUUGCAGUUGUCGAACGACACUCUAUGUUGCGGGCUCGAUUCUCCCGGGGAGCCAACGGACAUUGGACACAGCGCAUCACGACAGACGCUCGAGGAUCAUACAAACUUGCAGACCACAAGACUGCCGUUCCCGCUGCCGAAGUACCAGGGAGAACCGCAUCCGCAAGAGCAAAGCUUGACGUUGUUCGUGGUCCGACAAUAGUAGCAGAGCGUUUUGAUCUCCAGAGUGGUGACUCUCUCCUAUUCCUUGCCGCGCAUCACCUCGUCGUCGAUUUGGUGUCUUGGAGAAUUAUUCUUCGGGAUUUAGAAGCCCUGCUCGAAUCGAAAGCUCUGUCUCGGCCGUUCUCGGUCACCUUCCAGCAAUGGUGCCUAGAGCAAGCAAGAUGGCAGUUAUCCAAUGCGUCUUCCAAUCCGGCGUCUACUUUGAACAUCCCAUCGUCCGAUCACGACUUCUGGGGUAUGUCAGGCAAGACAAACCACUACGGAUCGGUAGAACGCCUGGAAGCGAAGGUCGACGCCCACAUAUCGACGAGCCUUCUUGGCCGAUCCGCCGAUGUUUUAGGAGCCGAGCCCCAAGAUGUCUUCCUCUCGGCAUUGUUGAUCGCCUUUCACGAAAUCUUUCCUGACCGUGCAGAACCAUCUAUUUUCAACGAAAGCCAUGGCAGACAGCCAGCUGGUUCCGACCUAGAUAUCACGGAGACUGUUGGAUGGUUUACUAGCCUCUCUCAAAUUUCAGUUCCGGGUAUUGCAGGGAAGUCUAUGGUCGAUGUGCUGCGUCGGGUGAAGGAUAACCGUCACUGGCUCCAGGAUACUGGCAACCAAACUACCCAGUCGACAGGUAUGGUUCGGCACGACCGAGGGCGCGCGAUAAUAACGCCAGAAAUUCUUUUUAAUUACGAGGGCAUCUUUCAGCAACUCGAAAAGCCCGAUGGAUUGUUUCACUUCGUACCACAACACAACGGUGACCUGGCGGAUAUGGCGGACGACGUACCCCGAUUGGCUCUCAUUGAGGUUGCAGUGCAAAUCCACGAGGGCCAGAUUGCCAUCAGCAGCCUGCACAAUCGAGAGAUGUCUCAUCAGGGUCGUAUCCAAGGAUUCGUCCAUCAAUACAGGAAGGUCCUGCUGGAAAUGAACCACGCCCUGGAGCAGCAAGCGCAGUCCGUGCACUCUCUUAGUGACUUUCCGCUGGCUUCUCUCACGUAUCAUGAUCUGGACGAAAUAAUCAAGGCAGUUGGAGAAGGUGGAGUUCAAGGAAUCUAUCCCCUGCUGCCAACACAACAAGUGAUGUUGAGUCGCCAGUCGAAAUUUCCUGCCUUAUAUAGCCCCCGAUUCGUGCUUAGGCUGCCAUCAAACGCUGGAAUCUCACCCAACGGAGUAGCCGACGCUUGGAAGUCGACUGUGCGUCGCCACGCGAUCCUCCGAACGGUCUUUCUUGGCAUUUGCUCCGACGGAGAUCCGCUGCAAGUGGUCCUUGAGAGGCUUGAGCCGCUCAUUUCCAACCUUCCCCAUCCGGCAGGAGAAGAUAUCCGCCUCGAUCUGCCAAUUUCGCCAUGGGAGGAGCGUGAGGCUCAUCACCGACUCACCAUUUACGAGCAGGACGCAGGAUCAGUGGAGUUGUUACUUCUCGAAAUCAGUCACGCCCUGGUCGACUUCCCGACGAUGGAGUUAGUUUUCGAGGAUUUUCGCACUGCCCUCAAAAAUACUCUUGUCCCAUCAGGGGGCUGUUCGUACCAGGAUCUAAUUGCAUAUGCAGUCGACCCCUCACGCAGGAGGCUUGCAGAGGCAUUCUGGGCCGCUCGGUUGGCAAAUGCCCCGGCCAGUCUUGUUUCGACACAAGACGAUCAUUGCUUCGGAAAGCUUCGGUAUUCAGACGUGCAACUGGGGCCGGUCAGUCCGUCAGCACGCGCAGUCUGCCAGAACCAUGAAAUAUCCCUUGCUAGCGUGGUCCGGCUGGCGUGGGCGCAGGCUCUGCGGGAGUGGCUGGCGGCCGACGACGUUACCUUCGGCGUGGUGCUCAGCGGUCGAGAUAUUGAGCUGCCUGACGUGCACCAGAUCGCAGGGCCAUUCCUCAACUUCGUCCCAUGUCGAAUCUCCUUUGAUUCAGAACCUUCAGCCACCACUGGGAUCCCUGGUCUGUUGAGAAGCUUGGAUGAGGCUUAUCUCGAGUCCCUAGCCCAUCAGAUUCGGGGAUCGACAGCGGGGCCAAGCCUGUAUGACACCAUCGUGAAUUACCGCAAACACAAUAAUAGCAAGGAUGGCGACAGCAUUGGCACGCUGAGUGAGAGUCGAGAACACGAAUUGGUGAUUAAAGAGGCGGUCGAUCCUUUCCAUUUCUCAAUGGUGCUCGAAAUUGACGAAAUCGAUGGCGCGCUAAAUGCAAGGAUUGCGUACUGGACCGGCCGGGUGUCAGAGAAGGCCGUGGCGCACUUUACGAAAACGAUCCCUGUCGUGAUGCUGAGGAUUGUUGAAGCAUUUCAACUGAGGGAAAUUCAGUAA